CACUUGUUCGGUUUCGGCGGUCCCCACGACACGUCGUCGCCCUCUCGUUUCCAGAAGCAGCCGCGAGCUUCCACUGCCUUCUUCCCGUGCCUUUUCUCGAGCGAUCCGUUCUGUCCGACCACCACAGCGAGCAAGAGAGAGAGAGAGAGAGAGAGAGAGAGAGAGAGCAACUGAGCAAGAGAGUGGACGGCGAAGGCGACGAUGAGGGGGUGGCGAGAGGAGGUGGAGGUGGUGGCUCUGUCGCUGCGGGGCUACGGCUACGGCAACGAGGAGGAUGACCGGCCGGAGAAGCCGCGGCGUUACGGGGUGACGGAGAUGCGGAGCCCCUUCUACUCCUUCCGCCCCGCAAACCAGGCGCUCCAGGAAAUAUUGGAUUCUCUUGGUCCAUUUGUUGAUGGUUUGAAGUUUUCUGGAGGAUGCCAUAGUUUGAUGGGAAAGGAUUUGGUUAGAGAGAUCACUGAUCUAGCACACAAGCAUGACAUUUAUGUGAGCACAGGUGAUUGGGCAGAGCAUUUGCUGCGUCAAGGACCCUCUUCUUUCAAGCAAUAUGUAGAGGAAUGCAAGGCCUUAGGGUUUGACACAAUUGAGCUGAAUCCUGGAUCUCUCAACCUCCCUGAAGAAGCUCUGUUGAGACUAGUGCGCCUCAUCAAGAGUAGUGGUUUGAGGGCAAAGCCAAUGUUUUCAGUGAAGUUUGACAGUUCUGAUAUUCCUGCAUCUGGUGAUAGGGCCUUUGGGGCGUACAUAGCUCCGGUCAAGGAGAAGACCUCAGAAAGAGUUGAAGAUGUUGACCUGCUGAUUAGGAGGGCAGAGAGAUGCUUGGAAGCAGGCGCAGAUAUGAUCAUGAUCGACGCCGAUGAUGUUUGCCAGCAUGCUGAAUCUCUGAGGACAGACAUCAUUGCCAAGAUUGUAGGCCGGCUCGGACUUGAUAAGACCAUGUUUGAAGCUUCCAAUCCCAAAACCUCAGAGUGGUUUGUCAGACGAUAUGGCCCAAGGGUAAAUCUCUUCGUUGACCACUCCGAUGUGAUGAAUCUGGAGCGCCUCCGGGGCUUCAACAUGCUCAGAAGCAACUUGGGCUCCCAUGUUGCCUCGCCGUUCUUCCUGAUGUAAUGGGUUAAUGAUCGUUCCCGUAUCCUGAGCUGUGACAAGCUAAGUUUCUACAUGGACUUGUGAGCCUCGCACAGCUUGCUAUGGCCUCCAUGUAACCACCAUCGAGCAGGCAUCUGUUAUGUUAUGAGUAACGCUACUGUAAUAAUCAGCUCUGUGGUGUAAGUAGUGUAUGGGCGUUUGUGUUCAUUGCAUCAAUGAGCCAGAUUCUUGGAUUCAUGGUUGUGCGGUUGUAUGCGUGUGAAUAUCGGCAUUUUCUGUUUUUCGAGCAUGAGAGCACGUCUCUGCAUGAACUUCGGUUAUUUACUGGUUUCAAAAGCAGGACACAGGUGUACAAUAGUGAAAAUAGUUUUCCA